AUGACUACAAAUAUGGGAUUAUUUUUAUAUUUAAAGGAGCUGAUAAUUCUAACCAGUUAUGUAAUGCUUAGCAUUAUUUAUGAUUGCUAUGAAACACUGAAAUUGUACAUGUCCCCUGUUUACAAGGAUAUCAGUGAUGAUGUUAUAUUAAUUACAGGUGCAGGGAAUGGAAUUGGUCGUGAAAUGUGUCUAGAAUUUGCUAAAUACAGUUCAAAUAUACUAGCUCUCGAUAUAGACGAAAAAGGUCUUCAGGAAACUGCUGUUUAUGUGAAAAGUGGAAGAGGUGUACAAAUUAAACCAUACCUAUGUGAUUUAAGUUCGCCAGCAGACAUCGAUCGUAUUGUCAAUGAAAUUCUACAAGAUUAUGGACGGGUUACAAUCUUGGUGAAUAAUGCUGCAAUUAUCAAUUUAUUGCCAUUGUUACAUCUUAGUGUAGACAAAUUUGAUAAAUGCUUCAAAGUCAAUUUUUAUGCAUACUUCUAUCUGAUCAAAGGAUUUCUACCAGGCAUGCUUGGCACGUUAGUAUCGUCAAACUGUUCAAAUCACACCAACAAUAGUCCUGCACGUGGUCAUAUUGUAUUUGUAUCCUCUGGUGGGGGAGUAUUUCCAGUUCCUCGGUAUACAGAUUAUUGUGCAACUAAAGCAGCCGGUUUAUUGUUAUCGGAAAGUUUAGAAUUAGAAUUGAAAGAGAUGGGUGUUGCUGACCAAAUACACAUCACUCGUGUUAUACCGUGUAUUGUAAGAACGAAAUUAGCCGGACAUGUUACAGGAUCGUGA